GGCAGAAUUAUUACCAUGGAACUACCCACAACAUACGAUGAGAGGGAAAGAAUUUGGAGUGGAGCCAAGCGCAGACCCACAUAUCACUAUGACACUUCCAUCGGUAAAAUAAUAUUCAAUACCAUGAGAAUUUGGCCCAAGAACGUGUGGCAGAUAAACGACAUUGAUGGAGGCACAGUCACCUUCGAACAGGGUCUCACCUGGGCUAUUCGGAUUGCCCAGCACUUCAAGAAGCGUGCCCUCAACAACAAGAAUGUCAUUGGUAUUGUGGCCAAGAACUGUACCUAUUUAAUGCCCCUGGGGCUGGCGUGUCUAAUGAAUGGCACACCAUUCCACUCGGUCAAUGCGUCGAUAGAUGAAGCUACCAUCUCCCAUGUGUUCACAAUAACAAAACCAACUCUGAUAUUCUGCGAUGGAAAUGUGUACGAGCAGGUUCGAGCGGCUACUGUGGGCUGGCAGCCGGAGAUCUGUACUAUCACAGAACCCAUCGAGGGAGUGCUCAAGAUUGAGGAUCUGCUGGAACCCACAACAACCGAAGCGAUGUACCAGCCAGAGCCAUUGAUUGAGGGUGGAGACCAGACCAUGCUCAUUCUGUGCUCCUCGGGCACAACCGGCCUGCCCAAGGCCGUUUGCAUUUCCAACAAUGUUCUAACGCUAGAGAACCCCUUCAUAAACAGCGAACUAACGAUAUUAUCAUCGAGUGGCCUGGACUGGGUCACCGGCGUGGUGUCGUUUAUCUUCAGCACUGUGUUUGGUGCAACCAGAGUCAUUACCAACAAACCUUUUAGUCCAGAGUACUUUGUGCAGCUGGUGAAGAAGUACAAAAUUGACAGCGUCGUGCUGCCGCCCGGUCAUAUCUCCGCUCUGAUUAGUUAUCCGAAUGUCACGCCGGACGAUCUGGCACCCUUAAAGAGUGUUACCUAUGUCGGUGGCACGGUUUCGAAGGCCACCCUACAGCGGACCCAAGAGCUCUGCAAGAAUGCGAUGCUAACCACCGGCUAUGGACUCACGGAGACCUUAAUCAUAACGAGUAACCUUGGAAUUAGCAAUAUAGCAUCGGCCGGCAAACCUAUGCCAGGAGUCAGAAUGCGCAUUGUGGACGAAGACGGAAAGAACUUGACAUACAAUCAGGUCGGAGAGAUCUUUGUGCACAAGGGAGAGGCAUGGAAUGGCUACUUCGGGAAUCCCGAGGCUACACUUCAGAUGCAGGACGCAGAGGGCUGGUUCCACACCGGCGAUCUGGGCUAUUUUGAUGAGCAGAACUUCCUGUACAUAGUCGAUCGCAAGAAGGAGAUCCUGAAGUACCAGGGCCUGCACUACUGGCCCACCGAGAUCGAGAGUGUCAUAAGGGAGCUGCCGCAAGUGCAGGACGUGUGCGUGGUUGGCAUCUACGAUGAGCGAGAGGGAGACGCAGCCGGCGCAUUGGUGGUCAUGACCAAAGGAGCUGUUAUCACAGCAAAGGACAUUUCGGAUCACGUGGCCAAGCGGUUUCCCGGUGCGGUGACAAAGCAGUUGCACGCUGGAGUGCAAUUCAUCGACAAGCUGCCAGCCAAUGUCAAUGGCAAGACUUUAAGGAAGGCAUCACGCGACAUUUUCAUUGCUCAAAAGGGAAGUGACAAGUGAGAUUUGUGUG